UGCUCCUGUGAUACAUCCGGCCGGUCCCUAUCAAUCGAUCAGAGAGAGGAAGAUGGUGGUGGAUGAAGUGAGCGGAGCAAGAUCGAUCACCGAAAAACUCGAUUGGGUUUGUUUUUCCUAACUGAGCCAAACACUCCGUAACACCGCCUGGCCUGGCGGUCUGACCCGGGAGUGAAGAGGCGACAACAAGGAGCAGUCUACAGGUCCUGUGCCUGCCUCUAGCCUUCAAGACGAUGGAGUUCCCAUGGCACAGUGGGAAGGUUCUGGAGCAGCUUAACCGCCAGCGCAAACAGGGACUGCUGUGUGACUGCACCUUUGUCGUGGACGGGGUGGACUUCAAGGCCCACAAAGCUGUGCUGGCGGCCUGCAGUGUCUACUUCCGUACCCUCUUCCUGGACCAGAAAGAUGUGGUGCAUCUGGACAUCAGCAAUGCAGCAGGUUUGGGUCAGGUCCUGGAGUUCAUGUACACAGCCAAGCUGAGUCUAAGUCCACAGAAUGUAGAAGACGUGCUGGCUGUUGCUAACUUUCUACAGAUGCAAGAAAUUGUAAAUGCCUGCUCUGCGUACCAGUCAAUGGCAAAUCCAGCUCCGUCCCUCAUAACACUGGAUUUCGCUGUUGAAGAGAAAACAGGAGAUGAAGAGCAGAGAGAGGAACUGGAGAGUGACCUGGCAGAGGUGGCAACAGAAGCUGAGGAGAUUCCGCCGAGCACCACCCUGACAGAAAAUAAAGAGCCUACGGAAAAUCAGGAUGAAGGAAGUUUAAAGGAACACAUUGCUGAUGAAACACAAGAAGCUGUUUCUCAGCCCAACGUGGCCAGUACCCACUCAGGCCCCCAUCGACCCCAGAAGAACACUGCUCCUCCUGCUCAAAAAAAGACAUCUAUAAAAAAAGAGGAAGAACGUGUUGGGGAAGAUGUGCCUGUAUUUCAGGACGACCCCUCUGACACUGACUACACGCCAAAAUCACAGUUGAAACCUGCUACCAGCUCGUCCUACAUGAGUUCCCGAGGGAGAAGAAUCAGGAAACCUCCUCGACGAAACUUCCCACCUGACAAUGAUUCCGAGGAUGAAGGGACGUCAGAGACAAACGUGGGGAAGGAGGCAACAGAGCCGGCAGAAGUGGCUGGAGAGCAGGAAGAGGUCUCCAUGGAUGAGGAAGCUAAUGAUGAUGACGAUGAUGAUGAUGAUGAUGAUGACGACGAUGAAGACGGGGCGGAAGAUGCCGAUGCUAACCAGCAGGUGGGCGGACUGGAUUCGAGCAGCGAGGGAGAGGGAAGACAAACAGCGUCAGCGUCUAUGAGCAGCCGAUCCGAGUCGAAACCUUACAGUUCCGUCACGCACAAAUGUGAGGACUGCGGGAAGAAAUUCACUCACACUGGUAAUUUCAAGAGACACAUGCGUAUUCACACCGGGGAGAAGCCUUUCAGCUGUCGGGACUGCAACAAGGCAUUCUCUGACCCUGCAGCCUGUAAAGCCCACGAGAAAACACACAGCCCCCUGAAGCCUUACAGCUGCUCGACCUGCGGAAAGAGCUACAGACAGAUCAGCCUGCUCAACCUGCACCGCAAACGUCACACGGGCGAAGCACGGUACAGCUGCGAAGUGUGCGGCAAGCUUUUCACAACAUCUGGCAACCUGAAGCGCCACCAGCUGGUGCACAGCGGCGAGAAGCCGUACCACUGCGACUUCUGCGAGAAGUCCUUCUCUGACCCCACCGCCAAGAUGAGACAUCUGGAGACGCACGACACAGAGAAGGGCAACAAGUGUCCACACUGCGACAAGCGCUUCAACCAGGUGGGAAAUCUGAAGGCUCACCUAAAAAUCCACAUCACAGACGGGCCUCUGAAGUGCAAAGAAUGUGGCAAACAGUUUACCACUUCAGGAAAUCUGAAGAGACACCUGCGGGUUCACAGUGGGGAGAAACCGUACAUCUGUAUGCACUGUCAGAGAGCUUUCAGUGACCCUGGAGCUCUGCAGCGGCAUGAACGCAUCCACACAGGAGAGAAGCCCUGUGUGUGUGUUAUCUGCGGCAAAGCCUUCACCCAGGCCAGCUCACUCAUCGCUCACGUCCGCCAGCACACUGGAGAGAAGCCCUAUGUGUGUGAUCGCUGUGGCAAAAGGUUUGUGCAGUCCAGUCAACUGGCCAAUCACAUUCGCCAUCACGACAAUGUCCGACCACACAAGUGUCAGAUGUGCAACAAGGCAUUUGUUAAUGUGGGAGACCUGUCGAAGCACAUUAUCAUUCACACAGGGGAGAAACCUUUCCUGUGUGAUAAAUGCGGCAGAGGGUUCAACCGCGUAGACAAUCUGCGCUCCCACGUCAAGACCGUCCACCACGGCAAGGCCGGCAUGAAGCGGCUGGUGGUAGCUGGCGGCAGCGCUGACGAGGGAGCCGACGGGUGUGCAGGGGCAUGCGCGUCUGACAGCGAGAUCAACAUAGUCACCGUCACCACAGAGGACAUUGUCACCCUGGCAACAGAGGCCCUGGCAGCCAGUGCUGUAGCUCAGCUGACAGUAGUUCCAGUCGCCGCUUCAGUGUCUGCAGAUGAGACGGAGGCUUUGAAAGCUGAAAUCACAAAAGCAGUAGAGAAAGUUCAAGAAGCAGAUCCCAACACCCAGAUCUUGUACGCUUGUGACUCAUGUGGUGAUAAAUUCUUGGACGCCAGCUCCUUGGCCCAACACGUACGCAUCCACACAGCUCAGGCCUUAGUCAUGUUUCAGGCAGAUUCCGACUUCUACCAAUACACCACGACCACCACUGCUGAAGGGGAUUCUGCCACAACUUGGCAGCCCACAGCCGAACAGGUCAUCCAGGAAGGAGAGCUCAUCUUCCGUGCUCAAGAUGGAGAGGGAGAGGCAGAAGGAGGGUCGGUGGCGGAGACACAAGAACAAGAAGGAGAGUCAGGGGAGAUGAUUCAUGAGGAGGGGAGGGAGGAUGGAGAGGUUGAAACCCAGACUGAGCUCCACACAGAGGGAAAAGAUGAAGCUGCAGCAGAUGGAGAGGAAGAAAAAGAAGAGGAGAUGGACUGUGAGAGUCAGGCAUAGUGGGGCAGAAAUGUGAAGAGUGUUUGAUAUAUUGCUUGUAACAGAAGUCUAUUUUGAAGAGGGGAAGGAAAUCCAUCAUUAAAAAAUGAAGUGAGCUGAUGAAAAGUUCCAACAUGCCAUGUUGUAAAACAAACUGGAUUCAUGACAUCACUUUUUAAACAACGUUAUCUUAGGAUGUCUGGUCAUUAAUCAUGUUUCUGCAGUCUUAAUUCCAGGAAUUUAUGUGAGAUCCAGUCAGUUGGUAAAUAUUAUUUCAAAGAUGCUUAUACUACUUUGCAUAGUUUAUUUUUAGAUGGAAAUGCAGGACUCUGCGUUGGUAUAAAGCAUUAGGUCACAAUUCUGUCUUACCUAAUAUAACUUAAAAAAAGACUUCUGUGUUAUUUUUCCAAUUCAUUCAUGAGAUAUGUACAUUUUCCUUAAAUAGUCAACAAUAUUUUAUUAUUGUACUUAGUUGAAGUAUUUUCAUGAGAAGCACAUUAUACAGAGACUACCUAGAUGAGCAUGUUGGGGUACUAAAGAUAUAAUUGCUGGGUAAUUAUUACCUCCCCCUUUUUCCAGAAGUGGGAUGUCAUGCUGUCAUGUACCUGGCAAACACUGUAAAUGCUGUGCAUGUUGUGAUAUUUGUAUAUUUGUUAUGUGUUCUUUAAAAAAGUCUUAAUACCUCUGAUAAAAUAUAAAAUGAAAUAUGUGUGGUGAUGACAAACUGCUCAACAAUUCAGUUUUUACACUGAUACAAUGACAGCUUUUUUCUGGUAUUGCAUUGAACUGGUCACAUUGGUAUGAAGACAGUUCCCUGUCACCAGUGGCUUUAUGUCAAUAUUUUGUCUGAUUAUAUUAACAAUAAUAAUACAUUGUUUAAACUCACUGGAGGUCAUCAACAGAUCAAUAAAGAAUCAUCACACAGUCUGA